GGACGGUCCAUCUAGAUGUUCUCCAGGAGCAAGGACCCACUGUUCUUCAUCAUUGACCCAGGAAAAUGAAGCCCCCUCCUAUAGGGACAGCUCAGAAUGAUGGAGUCCACAGUCCCUCCCCGAGAGAUGUGGUUUCCAUGAGCGCAGUGGCUGCUUUGGAGACAGUAGAUCAUUUUCAUCCCUCAUCCCCAAAACCAAACACACUCCCGCUCAAAUGGCGUUAUUCCUAAAGCAGCUUCACUGGUUAGACCGAAGGGCCACGGUAGCCCAAGUGAUGAGCGAGGUAGAACGGAGCAGUCAGGAGAGACCUUGUUCCCCAUAGGAAACUGGGCAUCUCUGUGGCCCUGAGUAUCCCAGGAGGCUGAUCGUACAGAGACCUCUGGUGCCUGACCCCAGUUCGCAUCCACAACCCUGGAAUAGCCCAUCACAGGCCCUUCACCCUUGGCAGGUGGACACCGUUCAACCUGCUGGGGCAGGAUGAACGUGGUGGAGGAUGUAGAUAGUUGGCGGGCGCAGGAGCGAGAGGACGUCAUCAGGAAAUAUGAACAGGGGCACCAAGCUGGGCUGCCAGAGGACAAGGGGCCUGUGCUCAUCAGAAUGUUCGAACACAUGGAUCUGUUUGGGAUUGUGCAUGAGAUGGAGCUGCCUCCUCUGACUGCGCGGGAGGCAAAGCGAAUUCGGCGGGAGACAAGGAGAAACAGCAAGUGGCUGGAGAUGCUGGGCGAAUGGGAGACGUACAAGAACAGUGAAAAGCUCGUAGAUCGCAUAUACGAGGGAAUUCCCACAAACAUCCGGGGCCCGGCGUGGUCAGUCCUCCUGAACAUUCAGGAAAUCAAGUUAAAAAACCCCAGCAAAUACAAGCUCGUGAAGCAGAAGGGCAAGAGGUCAUCUGAACACAUCCACCAGAUCGACCGGGAUGUUAGCAGGACUCUCCAGAACCAUGUCUUCUUCAGGCAUCGAUAUGGAGCCAGGCAGCGGGAACUCUUCUACAUCCUCCUGGCAUCUGCGGAGUAUAACCCGGAGGUGGGCUACCACAGGAACCUGAGCCACAUCGCCCCCUUGUUCCUCCUGUAUCUGCCUGAGGAGGACACAUUCUGGGCACUGGUGCAGCUGCUGGCCAGUGAGAGGCACUCCCUGCAGGGAUUCCACAGCCCAAAUGGCGGGACAGUCCAGGGGCUCCAAGACCAUCAGGAGCGUGUGGUACCCACGUCACAACCCAAGACCAUGUGGCAUCUGAUCUCUCUCGGGCUGACCCUGCGCCUGUGGGACGUGUACCUGCUACAAGGAAAACAAGCACGGAUGCCCAUGACCACCAUUGCGUUCGAGGUGCAGAAGAAGCGCCUCAAGGAGACAUCCAGUUCUGGCCUGUGGGCGUGCUUUCGGAGCCAGUUCUGCCGUCACUGGGCCAGGGAUGAUGACACGGUGCUCAAGCACGUCAGGGCCUCUGUGAACAAACGAGGGAGGAAGCAAGCGGACCUGCCACCCUCAGCCAAAGCCGAGCAAGGGUCCUCGGCACCCGGGCCUGUGCUGGCUUCACGUGGCGGGAAGACCUUCUGCAAGGGGGACAGGCAGGCCCCUCCAGGCCCACCAGCCCGGUUCCAGCGGCCCAUUUGGUCAGCUUUCCCGCCACGGGCACCUCAUUCUUCCACACCCUGUCCUGGUGGGGCUGUCCGGGAAGACAGCUACCCUGUGGGCACUCAGGGUGUGCCCAGCCCGGCCCUGGCUCAGGGAGGACCUCAGGGUUCCUGGAGAUUCCUGCAGUGGAACUCCAUGCCCCGUCUCCCGAUGGACCUGGAUGUAGGGGGCCCUUGGUUCCCCCAUUAUGAUUUCGAACAGAGCUGCUGGGUCCGUGCCAUAUCCCAGGAGGACCAGCUGGCCACCUGCUGGCAGGCUGAACACUCUGCCGAGGGAGUGAGAUUGGCUCUCGCUGCACCCAGCACUGAUUCCGACCAGGACACCUCCUUCGCAGCUAGGGACGAGGAGCACUGCACUCCCACCUCAGGGCCUUAUUAUUUAGUUAAUAGGAUUGUACUCAUGUUACAUCUCUCAAUUUUUUUUUAAGAGAUAAAGUCUCACUCUGUCACCCAGGCUGGAGUGCAGUGGUGCAAUCAUGGCUCACUGCUUCCUGGAACUCAUGGGCUCCAGCAAUCCUCCUGCCUCAGCCUCCUGACUAGGUGGGACUAUAGGCACACGCCACCGUGCCUGCUAAUUUCUUGGACUUUUCUCUAGAGACAGGGUCCACCCGUGUUUCCCAGGCUGGUCUCAGACUUCUAGACUCAAGUGAACCUGAACCUCCCGCCUCGACCUCUCAAAUUGCUGGGAUUACAGGUGUGAGCCAUCACACCCGGCCUGAAUUUCUUAUGUGCCAUGCUACUACAAAACGUCAUUAGGGCUUCCUUCCCCUCCCUCCUUCCCUCCUUUCCUUCCUCCCUCCCUUCCGUCCUUCCUUCCCUCCCUCCCUCCCUCCCUCUGUGGCCCCGGCUGGAGUAAACUGGGCUCGCUGCAGACUCCCUGCCUCCGGCUCCCGUGAUUCUCCUGCCCUGGCCUGCGCGCUGCCUGGGAUUGCCGCCGCGCGCCACCACCCCUCCCUGGUUUUUCUCCUUUGGCUGGAGGCGCCGUUUCGCCAUGUCGGCCAGGCUGGUCUCCAGCUCCUGACCUCCACUGCUCUGCCCG